GCUUGUACAGUGGAGAUCAUAGGUUUUAUCCAGCGAGGAACAGAAAUAGAGCCAUGCAGUCUCAACCCAUGCAUUAUGGCUACCAGCAGUGGUGAGGUCCGUUUAAUUCGAGGCGAAGAUGAAAGCUUUUUAGAAAGAGUUUCGCCUGCUGAUUGUUGAGGACCAUGAGUGCUGGAGUGAACGUGAAGCCUGUGUCCCAAAAUCACAGCAGCUCUGGGAUCCCUCUGCCUCGGAGCAUGAGCACAUUCUCCAAACAGAAUGCCAAGUACUCCAGCAGCGGCCUCGUAGGCCCACCUGGACAGUUUCAGCCAGGCGGACGAAUGACCUCCUUCGCGUCUCCCACCUCCAGUAUUGCUCCUAUAGCUAACUCUAAGGAACUGCUAAAGGAGGCAUCAUCAAGGCUUCAGUAUCAACAGCAGAAAGCUGCUCCAACGAGGGCCUCGCUUGACCGGAUGAUCGGCUCUCGCUCUGCCUACAGCAGCCCACAGAUUCCUAAAAGGAACAUGCUCCGCUCCAAAGACACACUGGACCUCCAGAGAGGCUCACUGCCCCACGAAACACUUCGAGAGCUUGCAAGGAAUGGCAACAAGAACUGGAGAUCUGGUCAAGCCCAUUUCAGGAGUUUGGAUAAUGGUGAUGUUCAGCCACCCGUCUCGCUUCAAGUUCAGGAGGACACAGAUGCGUCCUCUUUGGACGACGUCAGCGACUGCUCUUCAGACUCUAUGGAAGUGUGCUGUGAAGAUUUAGGUAAGCCCAUUCUCAAAGGACCCUAA